ACGAUUUCGAUCUAUCUGAACCCAUAAUGUGGAUAUAAAUCAAUGCACAUGUAUUCAUUUAUUCAUCAUUUUUUAAUUUUAUAUUGGAUCUUGUUUUUUUUGAUUAGUAAUGUAAUUGUUGUUUCAAGAAAAUGGAUAAAUCUUUUUUCGAAACAUCGUACAUUAAUGAUGAUAAAACAUGUGCAACAUUCAAGUUUUUCUUUGAAGAUCAUACGUUGGCCAAUGUUCUAAGAAAUCAGAUACUGGAGAAUCCAAAUGUUGAAUUUUGUGGUUAUUCGAUACCGCAUCCAAGUGAAGAAUAUUUUCAACUACAAAUUCAAACACGUAACAGUUUGAAUGUUUAUGAUGCCCUGUUGAAUGGUUUUGAAGAGCUAUCCAAACUUUGUGAUAAGACAAAAAAAUUAUUCAUAGAAGCUGUUGAUAAAUAUAAAAUUGAUAAUAAUAUGUCUUAACAUAAUAAAUAUAUUUUAUCUCAU